AUGCGGCCCUACGCAGUGACUCUUCUCUCCCUUCUCUCCCUGACCUCUGCUCAAACCAAUUCGUCAUGCAAGCCUCGCACACAGCACCUCAGUGAUCCUCCGUACGAAAACUACUUUUACUCCGAUUGCAAUGUCGACGCGCAGGCUGUCGUUACGAGCCCCUUGCCGGAUAGUAACCUCAGCAUAAUCGGCCCACGUCUCAUCGUAGCAUGGCCAGCUGGCAACAGCGGAAUAUGUACAUUCUUCCAACCUCAAAAUGAUAAAAAUGGCACAUUGGCAGUCGAGCUCGUCAAUUCAACCUUUGGGGCCCCUCUUGGUGCAGUGGUUACCAAGAAAAAUGCCACUUCAAAGUAUCCCUACGUCGGGGUAGAAGGAGUUCUGUCGUUCAACAACUCGGCUGAGAUUGCGGUUGCUAUCCUCGGCAGCGUCAGAAACAUUCGUGACUUCACAGAAGGGCCCAGCCUUCUCAGUCCCAUUAUUCAAGAUGCCGUCAAGGUGGCAAAGUACAACAAAACGGGGGUGCAAUUGUCGCGGCUGUGGCUUGACAACGUCACAACCACAACCUUUACCAUGGUUCCCUGGAAAAACGACAACAACACGAUCAGCAUAUCCAACAAGACUGUCACCUUUGGCUCGGGCUUCUACCACUUUUCUACGUCGUUCAACUACCCACAGCUAAAGCAACUCGAGCCGAGACAGAUUCUCAACAACCAGUCCCAGGGCCUCAUCAAACAGGAUCCCGGCCAAGUGAGCUCCCUCUCAUUUUUCUCCUACACCGAAAAGCUUCUAGCAGGAGGAUGGCGCUUCCUCACCUACUUUGGCCGCGACACCCUCAUAUCUGCCCUCCUUUUGCAACCUGUUCUCAGCACGGGCAGCGGCUCAGCAAUGGAAGCUGUCAUCGGCGCGGCCCUUGAGCGCGUCAACCGGACAGACGGGUCGGUGUGCCACGAAGAAACCAUUGGGGAUUACGCCACGUUUGUCAACUUGCAAAAGAACAUCACUUCAACAGCCGGUGGAUUUACAUACCCCAUGGUUGACACGGAUUACUACCUCCCCAUCACAAUGGACAAGUACUUCCAGUCUCAAUCGAGGCGUAUUAAACCCUUACUUGCCACCAAAGCCGGCGCCGUCAACGUUGACAACAAGAACCUCACCUGGGGCCAGUUGGCAUAUAUUAGCGCCCAGAAGAUUAUGAACAUCACGGCUGCGUUUGAGAAGAAUCAAUCUGUCGCGAAUCUAAUUCACCUUAAGGAAGGCGAGGUUGUAGGCCAAUGGCGCGAUUCCACCUAUGGUAUUGCCAAUGCCCGGAUUCCAUUUGACGUGAAUUGCGCCCUGGCCCCAGCUGCAUUAUACUCAAUUUCUCGUCUGGCAGGUAUGAGUGGCGUGUAUCCGAAUAACUCAGUCACCUCCAACUGGGCGGAUGUCGCUCUGAAGCGAGCAAAGGUCUGGGAGAGCGCUACUCUCAAAUUCUUCCAGUAUAAUACUACACUGGAAACCGCUCAGUCCCGACUAACCGGCUACACCAAGAAGAACACCUUUUACAAGGGCCCCACAAACGCCAACUCAUUGAGCAACUAUUCUUCUGCGGGACAAAUUAUCGACUAUGGCAUCGCCAUCAACAGCACUGCUACGCCGGACGUCAUCCCCAUCAGCCACACUGAUACGGGAUUCAGACAUUUCCUCCUCAAUGCCACUGAUAACAAUCAGCUCACCACCUUUAUCAAUGCCUCUGCCAAUGCCAUUCUCCGCCCCUUCCCGGCCGGACUGACCACUCCUCUUGGCGCGGUCGUGGCCAACCCUGCCCUCUCUGGCCAGGAUGUGCUCGUUGCAAAUUUCACAAAUUCUGCUUACCACGGAACCGUCAUCUGGAGCUGGCAGCUUGCGCUCAUGGCAAAAGGUUUCGAAAGACAACUCGAGCGGUGUGGGAAUUCGUCUUCAGGAAGCAGUUCCACCCAUCCGGACUUUUGCAAGGACAAGUCCGUGUUUGGAGCGCUGAAGAGCGCGUAUAAUCGUUUGUGGGACGUGAUUGACGCUAACAAAGAGCAAUUGCAGUCUGAGGUAUGGAGCUGGACAUACAACGCAGCCAAGAAUGGUACGGGAGGAGGUUACAAAUUUUCACCACUGGGUGUCCUGCCGCCUCCUCCGGGGGUAGCUGGAGGGACGGAAAGUGAUGUGAGGCAGUUGUGGAGUUUGACGUUUCUCGCUGUUCAGAGGAAUAAGAAGUAUCAGUAG